UCGGUGAACGCGCGUAGGCGGCGCAGGUGUUUUAGCGUUAUCUUAACGUAAACAAAAAAAUAACAAGUGAAAUUUUCGCUGUAAUAAAAGAUUUAACUAUGAAUGACUUAUUUGUUAACAUUGCAUAAAUGUACAACUAAUUGUCCUCAUUGAAAGGGACAACUGCGUUACUUUUAUAAAAAGUGCCGCUCGCUACCCAGUGCUAGUGCUCGCUACCUACUACAGAACGCAUCUUGUUGUGUUCAUAAGUGGUUAUUGUGACUGCAUGUGUGACUGAUUGUUAGCGACUACUAUGAAAUACAAUAAAAACUGAUGUGUGUAUAAUUCAAUAAAAUUAGCGCUGCGUGCCGGCCGCCGCGCCGGCGUCGGUGCUGGCGUGCGGCGUGCCCCGACGCCUCCGAUGAGAUCGGCCGGUCCCGGUCCCGGUCCCGGUGAGGAGGUGACCGCGCCGGCGUCGGUGCUGGCGUGCGGCGCGGGCGAGUGGGCGUGCGCGGACCGCUCGCGCUGCGUGCCGGCCGCCUGGCGCUGCGACACCCACACGCACUGCCCCGACGCCUCCGAUGAGAUCGGCUGCGGUCAGUACACACCGCACACUAUGUAUACUGGUCCCGGUCCCGGUCCCGGUCCCGGUCCCGGUGAGGAGGUGACCGCGCCGGCGUCGGUGCUGGCGUGCGGCGCGGGCGAGUGGGCGUGCGCGGACCGCUCGCGCUGCGUGCCGGCCGCCUGGCGCUGCGACACCCACACGCACUGCCCCGACGCCUCCGAUGAGAUCGGCUGCGGUCAGUACACACCGCACACUAUGUAUACUGGUCCCGGUCCCGGUCCCGGUCCCGGUGAGGAGGUGACCGCGCCGGCGUCGGUGCUGGCGUGCGGCGCGGGCGAGUGGGCGUGCGCGGACCGCUCGCGCUGCGUGCCGGCCGCCUGGCGCUGCGACACCCACACGCACUGCCCCGACGCCUCCGAUGAGAUCGGCUGCGGUCAGUACGCACCGCACACUAUGUAUACUGGUCCCGGUCCCGGUCCCGGUCCCGGUCCCGGUGAGGAGGUGACCGCGCCGGCGUCGGUGCUGGCGUGCGGCGCGGGCGAGUGGGCGUGCGCGGACCGCUCGCGCUGCGUGCCGGCCGCCUGGCGCUGCGACACCCACACGCACUGCCCCGACGCCUCCGAUGAGAUCGGCUGCGGUCAGUACGCACCGCACACUAUGUAUACUGGUCCCGGUCCCGGUCCCGGUCCCGGUGAGGAGGUGACCGCGCCGGCGUCGGUGCUGGCGUGCGGCGCGGGCGAGUGGGCGUGCGCGGACCGCUCGCGCUGCGUGCCGGCCGCCUGGCGCUGCGACACCCACACGCACUGCCCCGACGCCUCGGCUCGAUGCGCGACGCCCGAGGGCGGACACUUCCAGUGCGUGCCUGUGGGCGCCUUUUGCGACGGAAAGAGGGACUGCCGCGACGGCAGCGACGAGUGGGACCAGUGUGCCAAAUAUAGCUCGGAGUCGUGCGCAGAUCUGAACUGCGCUCGAGGUUGCCGCGCCACACUAUCGGGCCUCGCCUGCUUCUGCGAGCCCGGCUUCGAACCGCACGACGGCCGAUGUGAUGAUCCGGAGUCUCAGCCGCUGUCCCUCCUGGUGGCCACGGAGCACGGCCUCCGGCGAGUGACGCCCUCCCCCUCCCCCUCCCCCACCCCCUCCCCCUCCCCCUCCCCCGCGCCCGCGCCUCCAACCAAUCGCACUGCGCUGCAGGCUCUCCACGUGCGAGCCUUCGACUUCCUCUACUCCAACAAGUCAGUAUGCUACGUGCACCACAACGUGAGUCGCGCUGGAUUGGUGUGCGUCGAUGCUGAUGAUUUGUCGCGUCGACGCAAUCUGCCUACACCCGAUCUAUUCCCCGACAUCGACUACGUGCGCGUGGACUGGGUGUCGGGCAGCUGGUACCUGUACGACUGGUCCCGCAGCGUGCUGUACGUGUGCUCCGCUUCGAUGCAGCACUGCCGCGUGCUGCUGCAGCACCGCCUCUCAAGAAUGCAUGGGCUCGCUCUCGAUCCAACUGCGGGGUUCAUGUUCUGGUCGGUGUGGGGCGGGGCGGCGGCCGCCCUGGAGCGCGGCGACCUGUCGGGGGGCGGGCGGGCCGCGCUGGCCGCGCACCGGCUCGUGUACCCGUCGGGCGUGUGCGUGGACAUCCCCGCCCGGCGCGUGUACUGGGCGGACGCGUACCUGGACACGCUGGAGUGCGCGCGGUACGACGGCACGCAGCGCCGCACGCUGGCCAGGCUGCCCACUUCCCAGAACGUGCACCAGUUAAGCGUGCUAGGCAGCGUAGUGUACGCGCCGGAUCUAUCCGGCUCCAUACUGGGCAUCGAGGACCGGCCCCCACUGGCGGGGGGCGCGGGGGGCGCGGGGGGCGCGGCCGGGGUGGGGGCCAGGGCGGAGCCUACACCGGUCAUCAAACUGUCGGGCAAGGGGCUCGCUGUGGCAGUCUACCAUAGGCAGGCGCAACCUGUAGUGUCUCACCCGUGCGCUCGCGACAACGGGGGCUGCGACCACAUCUGCGUGACGUCACACCGCGGCCGCACCGCGUACGCGCGCUGCCUGUGCUCACACGGGUACCGGCUGCACUCACAUGGGGACUGUUUGCAGGCGUGGAGAUGUCCAGUUACCUUGUACUGGCUCGCGGCACCCCGCCCAUGGUGCAGGCUCUACCCAUUCCCGGCGUGGCGAGGGGGCGGGGGAGGGGGAGGGGGAGGGACGCAGCGCUCGGAGGUGCCGCUGGAUGCAGCCGCUCCUGCCACGCAUCUCACGCGCCCCUCCACGGCCGCCGUCGACAUUAAGGCCGGCAUGUUGUACUACUGCGAUGUGCACAGGUAUGAGAUCGUACGACAGCGGCUCGACGGCGGCGGCCGGGAGGUGUUCAUCAACGAGGACGUCGACAACUGUGAAGGCCUCGCCAUCGACAGGCGGGUUAUUGUACUGGACGGACGCGGCCCUCGGCCGGGUUUCGGCAGCCCGCCUCUCGGACGCGCGGCUGCGGGUCACCCUCAUAUCCGGCCCCAUGGACCGCACUGACCGCACUGACCGCACUGACCGCACUGACCGCACCGACACCAACUCCAGCUCGGCCAGCGAGCGCCGCGACUACAGCCCGCGCUCCAUCGCGCUGCACCCGCAGAGAGGGUCUAUAUCUCAAAAUAAUAUAUAUUUUACCGUUCGUUGCAUGUAUUUUUUCCGUCCGCUGCCUCUCCUAUAAUGUCCUUCCUAAUGUUACGUUUACGUUUGGUCGUUAGCCCGAAUGCGCGCGCCGAUGGUAUUAGGGUAAUGAGCGGAGUCGAGUGAGUACGUAUUCGGGUAGGUUUCGUUUUGGUUACCCGACACCGUCUUUCAGCCCGUAUACCAGUGUAAAUAUUGCUUCGGGUGCCCGAAUCGGAGUAAUGUAUUUCGUGCACCCGAAUACGAGCUAACGACCGAGUGCAAUCGAACAAUAAGUAGUGGUUUUUUGUGUUACUCUAAAAGGGCCACAAACGAAGAAUCUUGCUGAUAAAUUAAUUUAUCACUUUCAAAAAAUAAUGCUUAUCAUCAAACACAGCUUGAGGAGACUUCAUGCUUAAAUUUCACAUGAAAGACGUGACACCAUAAGAUACAUAUUUUUGCACUACCUACUCUGCUGUGAUGAACGAUCAAAAGACAAGUAAAACGGUUGAUAAUGCAUCUGUUAAAUUUCUAUACUAAUAUUUUGUUUUUGAACGAACACCGAUCUGUACAGAGGUGGCGCGCGCAUGGCUACGUCCUCGAUGGCACGAUAAUAUUGUCUAUACAGUAUCGUGACUCGGCCCUGUCCUUGAAAUAACUGCCUACGGCCGAGCGGGGCGUUAACACGCGGUAGGGCUGCCCGCCAACAGUAUUUUAAUUUCAUCUACAUAAUUGAGUUUCUUUCUUUAUUUAAUUGACGACCUCCGUGGUCGAGUGGUUUGUAC